UUUGUUAAAAAUAAACAAUGCGCCUGGACUCUCCGUUGCAACGACUUCAUAUAACAGAAUAAAUCUCGUUACUCCGUUGUGUAUAGCAAGGAGCGGGGAUAAAAUGACUAGCGUACAUUUACCACAAAAAAGAUAUUACCGUCAAAGAGCUCAUUCGAAUCCCAUAGCAGACCAUAACUUAGAAUUUCCUUUAACACCAGCAGCUAUGGAUUGGUCACCAUAUUAUCCAACAUAUUUUUCUAAUGAGCCAAAAGAUUCAAAUGGUAAACAGCCCAUGGUUGAAUUUGCUGAUAUAGGUUGUGGGUAUGGUGGACUUUUGGUUGAGCUAUCACCUUUGUUUCCUGAAACUCUAAUUCUUGGGCUGGAAAUUCGUGUCAAAGUGUCCGAUUAUGUUCAAGAAAGAAUUAAAGCUUUGAGACUGCAGAAUCCUGGGAAAUAUGAAAAUAUAGCCUGUAUACGUUCAAAUGCUAUGAAAUACUUGCCAAAUUUUUUCAGGAAAGGACAGCUUAGUAAGAUGUUUUUCUUAUUUCCUGAUCCUCAUUUUAAAGCCAAAAAACACAAGUGGAGAAUCAUCAGCCCUCAACUGCUAUCGGAGUAUGCAUACUUACUUCGUAUUGGAGGCAUUGUGUAUACUAUAACAGAUGUAAAAGAAUUAUAUGACUGGAUGGUGGAGCAUUUAGAUGAGCAUCCACUUUUCAAAAGGCUUAAUGAUGAUGAAUUAGUAAGUUUGUAUUUUUUUAACUUCUCUUUAGAAAGUUUUGUUAUAAUCUAA